GGUGAGGCCGUGCGAGGACAAAGAGCAGGUGGACAGUCUGACUGAGGAAGACAGAAAAGGCGGGAAUUUAGCAGGCCAGGACCACUUCAGGGACAUCUUUGAUUAACUUACUGCAGUCACAAAGAUGAAGCGUCAACUCUUCUUGCUCGCUCUAGCGGUGGUGUGUGAUUGCCAGGCACUAAACAUAACAGAUGAGCAGACGAACAUGACUUCAGAAGCUCCCACCACAUCGGCACCUGCACUCAGGAAAACAACACUGGUGACGCUGUCCGCUCAGAACCACACAUCAAACCAAACGGCCCAAGUGCUGACAUCUGCAACCACGGGAGGAGACAUAAUGAUGAGUGAUUAUAAUGACAAUGACCAGAACACCACAAGACAAGCGGAGGGCAUGCCAGAGGUUUCCACAAUGGCGCCAAUUGGCUCAACGGUGGCGGUAUCAGAUGAGAGCUUACACCCUUCAUCAUGGGGUUAUGUUCUGCUGGUGCUGCUGCUACUUGUUAUCCUCAGCCUGUUGGUCAUCCUCUACCUGCUGAGGAGAGCGAACCGGACCUACUCGUUCGACCUUCAUCGUGCGGCUCCUGUCAAUCACACAGAUGAGCCUUCUGGCACCUUUGAGGUCAUCUGCCUGGACGAGCAAGACCGAGAGCCCACCAGUGACCUUUCUGUGUCUCCAGCAGUCAACGGCUCAGUGCCACAGUCACAAGAAGAAGCUCCUGAGCCCGACGUAAACCACUUGAAGGUAUUGGACUUCAGCGAUUCAAAUUCGACGAUCCGUGAUGAUGCGGUUGAGACGGCGGCCAACUGUGAGCUGCUGCUGGACACCUCUGAAAAAAACAUGAGUCCAUUUGCUUUCACUAACUCGUUAGCUGGAAUCGAACUAUCCGAGUCAUUGCCGAUCAAGCAGAACAUCACACCUGCAGUAUCUUCCUCCUCUUCCUCUUCCUACUGACAAGAGUGACAUCAUAUCCUGUUGUUUUUUUUAUGCACAAGAACAAUAAUUGUUUACUGAAGUGUUUACUUAAAACUGUGUGUGUAACGGUACAUGUGUUCUUAAUCUGAUUUUCGGUACGGUGUAGAAGUGUACAUAUUUCCCGCACAAUACACACUGGGGGGCAGGAAAUGUGCCUGGCAUUAUCCGAAUUACUCAGUAGUGCCUAGGAGAAGCAAACAAAAUGAACUGAUGCCCUUACUUUACAGUAUUCUUACUAAUUCGAAAUGUACAAAUGUUUUAUUUUCAUCUUUUUGCAGCACUGACAUUUGCUUGGUUAACAGCCAAUAUUAAGAGAUUUUAAAGUGUAC